CCUCCCCUUUAAGAGCGUACGCCUUUAAAACUACCUGGACACACCUGAGGUCCCCGCUCCGGAAAGUCCAAAGCGACACUUACGUGAAGCACAUUUCGUUGGAGAAAACGGACCAGGCCUGGAGGACAGCCGCUCUUCUGCCUUCUGCCGGUUUUAGACAGAAGAAAUCCUACGAGUGGCCACAUGUAAUCCCGCAGACUCUGUUCUGAAAGAUGUCCUUCGAUGAUCUUUAAUGAGCCGCUGCAAAACGAAACAGACAGCCGUACCAGUGUACCACAUCUUCAUUCAUCAGGAUGUCUGAGACCCUUUCUGCAGAUCCUGAGCCACUGGUCAAGGCCCCUCUAGGACCGACAGCAGGACCCGACACACCUGACCAGGCAACAGAAGAGCAGAAGAUGAAGACAGACGUGGACGGAAUGGUCAGCAGUGCUCAUGUGGAGCCGAGCACUCUGCAGUGGCCUGGAGAUAAGGCUAAUCAACCUGGCAGGAUGGGAAACAAUUCAGGGUCUGAUCUGAAACUAGACAGCAGCAAAACAGAUGUUGCAGGAGAGGAAGCAAGUGUUCGAUCAGAUUGCGCAUCGGUCCAUAGAGAAAUGAGUAGGACGGAGAGCGAGAGUGAGUCAGACGAAAAAGAGCUGAAGGAGAAGGUGGCACACUUGGAGAUUGAGGUGGAGGAGCUGAACUCGAUGCCAGAAAAAGCAGCAGGAGUCUUCAGGCCUGGUGGGGCCGCCCUGCACACCAACAAAAUACCCGAACCACCCAGACAGAGUGUGGCCUCCUGGGAGGAGAACAUGGAGAAAAAGCCCUUCCUCGGGCAUCAGGCAGCUCUGUCACAUGACUACUACCACGACUACACCAUGAGCAACAAGCAGUGCUGUGGAUGUACUGGAACAAGCCGUGAUGUGCUGGAAAUGGGUGUGUCUAUAUUUAUGUCAGCUCUGAUUUUCCCCAUCCUGGUAUGGGGAGGCCACACUUUUCUGCCCUUUGAUGCUCCUCUGAUGGACAGUGCUCCCCUAAGGCUGGUUUACACACUGCGCUGCUCAGUUUUUGCAGUCGUCCCGAUUGUACUGGGUGUGUUUGUGCUGGGUGUGUCCCGUCUACGGUACCGUUCCCUGAAGCCGCAGUGUGAUGGAGAGACUGACGCUGAACAGGUGAUCAUCCACCGGCGCUUUGUGGAUGACUCCAUCUCCCUCUUCCUUCUGUAUUUCCUGCAGCUGGGUGUAAUGGCUGCCUAUCUGAGCCAGAACCUGCUCAAACUGGUCCCCCUCCUCACCAUCAUCUUCGCCUUCGGCAGGCUGGUGUACUGGAUUGCAGCUGCAUGGGGCAGCAGCAUAAGGGCUUUUGGCUUUGGCUUCUCUUUCUGGCCUAUGCUGACCAUGUUGGUGGCUAACCUUUACUUCAUCUUCAUGGCUGACUCCGCUGGGUCAAUCUUCACUCCGGAUGAGCUGGCCGCUCCUGAAGCAGAGCAGAGGCAGAGGUUCUGGGGUUAGAGGAGCACCAACUAAGAGUGGAGAGGAGUUUACUUAACUGUGUCCAUUUCUGAUCUCACUGAGCUAGUUUUACACCUACAUGAACUCCAUAUACACACAAGCAGGCAGGAGGUUUUGAGAGAAAUCUCAUUUGUCUUAGAAAAGAUAGGCAAAGACAAAUCAGCUAUUUGCAAAUUGGACCUUGGGGCUUAGAUUUACAAUUUAGUUUCUAAUGAUUGCCCAAACAUUGCAGACACUCAUCCUAUUAAGAGCACUUAAAAUCAAGCUAGGUUUUGAAACUAGUGCCUGCUUGCAAAGGACUGGCCUAAUUAAAUUGACUUAAAUUGCACAUGUUAAGCAUCCACCUUCAGCACAGUCCUCUAGUGGGGCAAAAACAGGAUGGUGGAUGGUAGGAGAGGAGUGUGAAGGUGUUUAAAUGGCACAGUGAAAUGAUCAGAUCUGUUUUUCUCUUUGCAUUUGUGAGUUUGACUAGUUGGAUUGCUGGACUGCCUGAUCUAAGGCAAAUGGCAAGACUAUUAAUACAGAGUUUCUGAUAUGAUCAUAGUGAUUAUGGUUAUGAACAAACAGUUAAUGGAGGUAAAAUUCAUUUAGAUUUGUACAAAUCAGUUACAGUAGGUGCUUAAACAUUAACACAAAGUAGAGGGUAGAAAAGUAAAAGUUUCUAACUACAGGUUUAAGAGGUGGUUUAACUUUCUGGCAUUCUAUCUUUUUUCCUCCUAUAAUUUCACAAAGUCAGAAAAAUAUCAGUACCACUUUCUUUCUGUGUAGUUUGAAAAUAUUGCAAGAUUUUUUUUUUCUUGUGGAUUUGUUUUGUAUUGUGUGGACUGUGGAGCUUCCCUGAAAUGACUUCUCCAUGAUCGGGUCAAAUAGCUUGACACAGUAGCGCAAAUAUAACAGACUGCCGAGCAGAAAUGUCAUGGGUUUAGUGCUUUUACGAUUACUACGACUUCUAUUUUGUAUUGCACAGUGCAAGUAACUCUACCCUUCUCAAACUGUGCAGGUGAAUAUUUACAGUUGUGAGGUUCCCUUUACUAAUGCUGUUCACAGUGAAAACUGUAUUUGGGCUGCAGUAUCUACUUUUGCUGACCAAACCUUUACAAAUGUCCUGUACCAUGCAGAACGUACUUGGGAAAUGUUUAAUUAUUUAAACAUGCUAGCUAGCCACCCAAAUGAAGCUAUGUAAAGUGGUUUAAUGAGUAAAGAAUUUGUCAUAUAUAAAAUUAAAAUGUUAAAAAUAAGUGCACUGCCAGUGCCUCCUGUGAGGAUAAUCCAUUUUGACUUUGCAAAGAGAAAGAAAAGGGGAAGAAAGAGGAAGGAACAGGGAUUGAGGACGCUGCUUAAAAUGUCUUCAUUUCUUUCCAAUACUUAUUUCUCCACAGACUUUUUUUUCCCUCUCACUUUUUUGUGGGAUUGGGAGACAUGGCAUUAAUGAAUGUAUCAGACUCUUUGGGUAGAAAGAAAAAAGUAAUUGCCAAACUGCCAGAACCAGAGAGAACAAAGGUGUUCCCUUUCGGAAGAAAACGAGAGCGCUCGUAAAUGUGUUUUUCCUUUUGGAAGUAUGUUUGUGUUUCAGCUAUACAAAACAAGGGUAUUCAGAUGUUUAUGCUAGCUUCUGUAUGAGCUUUUAUAUCCAUUAAGGUGCUCUGUCCUCCCACACUGAUACUAAACCUUCUGUUUGUGUCUGAACUUGCACAACUCCUCCUACAGCUGCUCUCACAAACCACAUCUGCUGGCUUUAUUUUUGUUUCCUUACUAUGUCAGUUAUAUUUAAAGCAUACGGUGCCCCAAAAGCUGUUUGGAUACUUUGACAAUUUAACAAAGUAUAAAAUGCUUUAAUGCAGUUCUUUAGGUUAUUUUUAUAAAAUUAUGGCUCAGAGACAAACUAUUUCAGCACAUCAGACUGGUGGUAGACUUUAUGUAGAGUUCCAACAAGGCACAAGGGUUUGGCAAAAUUGGGGUGGAAAGAAAGUUUGGAUCUGUUUUUCUUCCAGUUAAGAGGGUGAGCUUGUGUUCAUGGAUGGGAUUAUGAAUUCAGAACGGGUUUGCAUUUUGCAUGUAAACCUGCAGAGGUCCACAAAGAAACGCUGGGUCAAUCUUCACUCCGGAUGAGCUGGCCGCUCCUGAAGCAGAGCAGAGGCAGAGGUUCUGGGGUUAGAGGAGCACCAACUAAGAGUGGAGAGGAGUUUACUUAACUGUGUCCAUUUCUGAUCUCACUGAGCUAGUUUUACACCUACAUGAACUCCAUAUACACACAAGCAGGCAGGAGGUUUUGAGAGAAAUCUCAUUUGUCUUAGAAAAGAUAGGCAAAGACAAAUCAGCUAUUUGCAAAUUGGACCUUGGGGCUUAGAUUUACAAUUUAGUUUCUAAUGAUUGCCCAAACAUUGCAGACACUCAUCCUAUUAAGAGCACUUAAAAUCAAGCUAGGUUUUGAAACUAGUGCCUGCUUGCAAAGGACUGGCCUAAUUAAAUUGACUUAAAUUGCACAUGUUAAGCAUCCACCUUCAGCACAGUCCUCUAGUGGGGCAAAAACAGGAUGGUGGAUGGUAGGAGAGGAGUGUGAAGGUGUUUAAAUGGCACAGUGAAAUGAUCAGAUCUGUUUUUCUCUUUGCAUUUGUGAGUUUGACUAGUUGGAUUGCUGGACUGCCUGAUCUAAGGCAAAUGGCAAGACUAUUAAUACAGAGUUUCUGAUAUGAUCAUAGUGAUUAUGGUUAUGAACAAACAGUUAAUGGAGGUAAAAUUCAUUUAGAUUUGUACAAAUCAGUUACAGUAGAUGCUUAAACAUUAACACAAAGUAGAGGGUAGAAAAGUAAAAGUUUCUAACUACAGGUUUAAGAGGUGGUUUAACUUUCUGGCAUUCUAUCUUUUUUUCCUCCUAUAAUUUCACAAAGUCAGAAAAAUAUCAGUACCACUUUCUUUCUGUGUAGUUUGAAAAUAUUGCAAGAUUUUUUUUUUCUUGUGGAUUUGUUUUGUAUUGUGUGGACUGUGGAGCUUCCCUGAAAUGACUUCUCCAUGAUCGGGUCAAAUAGCUUGACACAGUAGCGCAAAUAUAACAGACUGCCGAGCAGAAAUGUCAUGGGUUUAGUGCUUUUACGAUUACUACGACUUCUAUUUUGUAUUGCACAGUGCAAGUAACUCUACCCUUCUCAAACUGUGCAGGUGAAUAUUUACAGUUGUGAGGUUCCCUUUACUAAUGCUGUUCACAGUGAAAACUGUAUUUGGGCUGCAGUAUCUACUUUUGCUGACCAAACCUUUACAAAUGUCCUGUACCAUGCAGAACGUACUUGGGAAAUGUUUAAUUAUUUAAACAUGCUAGCUAGCCACCCAAAUGAAGCUAUGUAAAGUGGUUUAAUGAGUAAAGAAUUUGUCAUAUAUAAAAUUAAAAUGUUAAAAAUAAGUGCACUGCCAGUGCCUCCUGUGAGGAUAAUCCAUUUUGACUUUGCAAAGAGAAAGAAAAGGGGAAGAAAGAGGAAGGAACAGGGAUUGAGGACGCUGCUUAAAAUGUCUUCAUUUCUUUCCAAUACUUAUUUCUCCACAGACUUUUUUUUCCCUCUCACUUUUUUGUGGGAUUGGGAGACAUGGCAUUAAUGAAUGUAUCAGACUCUUUGGGUAGAAAGAAAAAAGUAAUUGCCAAACUGCCAGAACCAGAGAGAACAAAGGUGUUCCCUUUCGGAAGAAAACGAGAGCGCUCGUAAAUGUGUUUUUCCUUUUGGAAGUAUGUUUGUGUUUCAGCUAUACAAAACAAGGGUAUUCAGAUGUUUAUGCUAGCUUCUGUAUGAGCUUUUAUAUCCAUUAAGGUGCUCUGUCCUCCCACACUGAUACUAAACCUUCUGUUUGUGUCUGAACUUGCACAACUCCUCCUACAGCUGCUCUCACAAACCACAUCUGCUGGCUUUAUUUUUGUUUCCUUACUAUGUCAGUUAUAUUUAAAGCAUACGGUGCCCCAAAAGCUGUUUGGAUACUUUGACAAUUUAACAAAGUAUAAAAUGCUUUAAUGCAGUUCUUUAGGUUAUUUUUAUAAAAUUAUGGCUCAGAGACAAACUAUUUCAGCACAUCAGACUGGUGGUAGACUUUAUGUAGAGUUCCAACAAGGCACAAGGGUUUGGCAAAAUUGGGGUGGAAAGAAAGUUUGGAUCUGUUUUUCUUCCAGUUAAGAGGGUGAGCUUGUGUUCAUGGAUGGGAUUAUGAAUUCAGAACGGGUUUGCAUUUUGCAUGUAAACCUGCAGAGGUCCACAAAGAAACGGCUCAGAUAGUGAUCUGAAACACAUCGGGUGCCUUUGAACAGAUUCUUUCCCUUUUUCGUGAAAUACUCUGAGAUGAAUGCUAGUUGGUGUGACAUUUUGUAGAUACAUUUACGAAUGGCACAAAUGUCAGUUUUUCUGGGCCACUGUAGGGACCUCAUACAGUCUUGAAGAGAGUGUAUUACACUGUAGUUCCAUGGUUUACCUUGUUAAGCAUAUGUGUAGUAUGUAAGCUGUUAAUGAAUUGUAACUGUGAAUGUAGAUAUUUUCUCUCUAGUGCGCUAUAAACUGGAAAUACGUUUUAGCCUAUAGGCUGACAUAAAGACAGAUUGCAACAA